UCCUCCGGCGGGUUCCCUCCCCGAUCCAUCUGCUCACCGCUGGCGGCUUGCAACGGAAGCGCGAGAUCUGAGACACCUUCGGCUAGGAGAGGCAAGCACCACCCUCAGCUUGAUCCAAACUGUUUUUUCCUUCUGGUUAUGUGAUCUUUCCUUCUAGGUACCCACCAGCCAGAGAGAUCGAUUGAGCAAGGCAUGGAGCUCGCGACGGCGGCGCUGGGCAGCCUUCUCCCCAAGCUGGGCACCCUCCUCACCGAUGAAUACAAGCUGCAGAAGGGGCUCAGGGGGGAGAUCAAGUUCCUGCAAGCCGAAAUGGAGAGCAUGCAGGCUGCCCUUGACGAUCAGAUUCGUGACCUUGAUAAGAUCUGGGCGAGGGACCUGAGGGAGCUGUGCUAUGACAUUGAGGACAGUGUUGACACUUUCAUGGUGCGCAUCGAUGAUGCUCCAGUGGGUCCCAAGCCGCGUAGCUUCAGAAGGUUCUUCGAUAGGACCAUUGGCUUGUUGACAAAGGCCAAGACUCGUCAUCAUGUCGCCGAUGACAUUGAAGACAUCAAGAGCCGCAUCCAUGAGGUCGCUGCUAGGCGAGACAGGUACAAGUUUAAAGAUAUUGCAGCGAAGCCUGACACGUCGACGGUCAUCGAUCCUCGCGUGUCAGCUCUCUUUGAAGAAGCAGCGAAGCUUGUUGGCACAGAUGGCCCUGCAGAGAAGAUUUCCAACUUGCUAACCCAAGGAACAGAUGUGCAAAAACAGAAGCUAAUGGUUGUCUCAAUUGUUGGAGUUGGAGGCCUGGGUAAAACGACCGUUGCCAAUUUGGUGUAUGAAAGGCUUAGGGGCCAAUUUGACUGUCGAGCUUUCGUCUCGGUGUCGCUGAAGCCAAACAUGAAGCAGAUUCUCAGCAGCAUACUACGGCAAGUUAGCAAAGACACAUGCACCAAUGCUGCAGAAAAGGAACUGGAUGAACUUAUAAGGAGCAUCAGGGAAUUCCUCAACGAUAAGAGGUACUUCAUUGUAAUUGAUGACGUAUGGAAUGAAGAAGCAUGGAAAUUCAUCAAAUGUGCUUUGAUUGACAACAAUCUUGGUAGCAAAGUUAUUGUGACAACCCGUAAUGUUGGUGUGGCUAAUUUGUGUUCUGUUGAUGGCGCUAAAUAUGAACUAGAUCCUCUCUCUGAUGCGGAUUCCAAGAGGCUGCUUUGUAAAAGGAUAUUUAAUGAGGUAGAGGGAAUUCAUUCUGAACUGGAGGAGGUAGCAAAGAAAAUUUUGAAGAAGUGUGGUGGGGUACCAUUAGCUAUCAUUACUAUAGCUAGCAUGUUGGCUAGUUUACCAAACCAAACAAAGUUUGAAUGGUACCGCGUAUACAAUUCCAUGGGUUUUGGACUUGAAAAUGACAAGACUCUGGAGAGCAUGCGAGUGAUAUUAUCUCUUAGUUAUAAUGAUCUACCUUGCUAUCUUAAGCCUUGCUUACUGUAUCUGAGCAUGUUUCCCGAGGAUUUUGAGAUCCCAAGACUUAGCUUGGUACAGAUGUGGGCAGCGGAAGGUUUCAUUAUUGAAGAGAAGGGGAGAAAUCUGUAUGACAUUGGAGAGAGAUAUUUUACUGAGCUUGUUAAUAGAAGCAUGAUUCAGUCGGUAGUAGUAGGGAUCGAUGGAGAUGGCAUGGAAAUAGGUUGCCGUGUACAUGAUAUGAUACUUGAUCUCAUCAGAUCCCUUUCAGCUCAAGAAAAUUUUGCCAUCAUAUUACAAGGCCCACAGCCCAUAUCUCCAAAGUGCACGAUUCGACGACUAUCACUGCAAGGUAAAGAAGAUAGCAAGGAAGAGCAAGUCACACAGCCAACAAAUGUGAACAUGUCCCAUGUGAGGUCAGUCAUUGCAUUUAAUGAUGAUGUUUUCGAACGGUGGCCACCUUUGUCAAGGUUUUCAGUUCUCCGUGUUUUGUAUUUGGCAUGUUUUCCCUGGCGGUAUAUUGAUCCUAAGCAUCUAGGGAGUUUGCACCACUUGAGAUAUCUGGCACUACGAGGUAAUAUUGAAGCAGAGGUUCUAGAAGAAAUUGGAAACCUACAACUUCUGAAGACAUUGGAUUUGCUGGACUCAUUCGUAAAAGAACUGCCAUCAAGUAUUACUCGGCUAAGACAACUUGAGAAUCUGAUUAUUGGUACUGGUUUGAAAUUGCCAGAUAGGGUUGGGAAUUUAAUUUCCCUGCAAGAGUUGGGAUGGCUUGAUGUGAUAGAAUCACCAAACACUCUGGCUGAGCUAGGCAAUCUUACACAACUGAGGGUGCUGAGAAUAUGGGGAUUAGAUAAUAUUAUUAAGGUGAAGACUUUUCUCCAGAGCCUAUCGAAUCUACAGAACAUGCGCACUCUAGUUCUCAAUAACAUUGGAGCGCAAGACUCCAUAGAUUUAGAUUGCAUGUCAGAUCAAUGGAGGUGCCCUGCACAUAUACAAGACAUUGAAAUAAACAGUGAUGUGAGCUUGUCUCGGUUGCCACGGUGGUUUUCCACCCUCUCUGAACUCUCCUGCUUAUCCAUCAAUGUUGGGGAGCUAAGACAACAUGAUCUUCAACUGCUUGGAGCUUUACCUGUGCUACGCUUUCUUAAUCUAGAAACGGACUAUAUCGCUGAAGAACAGCUGGUGAUUGGUAUUGAUGAGCCCUUCCGCUCUCUAGCAGAGUUUGAAUUUCAGCAGUUUUCACGAUGUUGGUUGGUGUUUGGUCAAGGAGUGAUGCCAAGGCUUCAAUGGCUUCGGUUAUACUUUCGGGUACAGAAGAGAGAAGGUGGUGGAUUUCAUAUUGGCUUGGAGAACCUGACUUCCCUUAAACAUAUCAUUGUCACAGUUGACUGUCAUGGUGCCAGGAUCAGGGAGGUGGAGGAUGUAGAGACCAAGAUCAGGGAUGUGAUUGAGAUCCAUCCCAACCAUCCAACUCUUGAGCUGUCAAGAGAAUAUCAAUUUGAAAUGGAACUGGAAUAUCAAAGUAGCGACGAUGAAAGCGACUUGCUGGCUUCUGACGAUGAAAGCGACAAUGGUAGUGAGGCUUCAGAGCAAAGUCAAGCCUGACGAACGAUCGGGAUUGGCAGGCUUCCAAAUUUUAUUCAAUUUCUGGCAUUAAAACAUUAGCUAAUAAAUAAUCUUCCUUGGAUUGCAUCACUAUAAUUUUAUAGAUUGUUUGUGCCAUCCUGCCCUGUUUCUAUUGCCGAAGCACCAAGCUGUUUGGGUUGCCCAUUUCACUUCAGCUCAUUGUUUUCAUCCAUAUAUUUCGUUUCUUUUUAUCUAGCACCAAACACAUUGAUCCUUUUAUAUAUAAAAAAAACUUGGUUAUGGUUGAAAAAUGUUCAUCCCUUGCCAUCCUUAAAAAUUCUCCUUUUUUUGAAAAUCUCCUCCUUUGCUAAGUUUGAAAAAUGAUUUAUUCCAUUGCUACCCUCAAAAAAAUUCCUACUUUGUUAUGGUUGAAAAAUAAAUCCCUCCUUCGUUUUCCUUUAAAAAGAAAAAAAAACUUUUCCUUUAGUUAUUAUGGUACUCCGACAUCUGUCUCGCCCAAACCUAUGCUGCACCUGCACCAUGUUCACCUGAUUCCUCAGUCCAACGUCACCUGCACAAUUGUUUAGUAAGUUCCACCAUAUUCAUCUUAGUAUUGUUACAGUUGUAGCUCAAUUCCUCCAUGAUACUUUUGUCAUUUGCAACAAGUACCCCUGAUUCAUUUCAUUGUUUUUUGCUAUCUGCUAUGGCCCUGUGGGUGAACAUGAAUUGCUAAAUAAUUAGCUGUCCGUUUGUGUCAUAAGAUAACUAGCUUACCUUUCUCCUCAUGUGGUUAUAUGAAAUGAGAUCUUGAUUUAAAAUCCUUAUAAAUGUAAUGUAUUCACGAAAGUUAUGGGCAUAAAAGAAAAAUUACAAGUAACUACACAUCCCGGUACCAGAAAAUUAUUUUAUGUGGAGUCAAACUACAAUAUCUUUUGCAAUUUUGUUUUUAUAGUUUACUUUGUUUGUCUAUUUGAAGAGACUCGUUGUACUUUUGAAUACAUUAGGCAUGUACCCUUGUCUCUAGCAACGUAUCUAUAUGAUGGAUAUAGAUGCAUUACUUUGCUAAUAUAUGUUUGAUUAUUUAUAUAUAUUUCAUAGAGUAUGUAAAACUGAUAGCCACACUUGUAUACAUUGGGAACUUGAAUACUAUUAUAGACAAUCUUGGUCAGACUCUAUUAUUUGAACUUGGUGGUUUAGUUUUCAUGAUUUAUGGUAAUAUAUAACUAAGGAUACAUUUUUUUUUAAUUUGACUAAGGAUAUAUUUCAAUACGGCAAGAUGGAGUAACAGUGAUUGUACUUAUCUCUCUGGCAUUGUCUUGACUGGGACAAUAUUUGAAGAUCAUAAUUGUGUUUAUCUGGAAAAUAAAAGACUCGCUCACUCAUUAUAUUUCACUAUGUAUAGUGAAGUUUGAUCACAUGUGAUAUUUCGAUGAGUACUAUCUUAUAGUCAUGUUGACUCUAUUCUUAUAUUCAAUGUGUGUUUUGCAGGAACAAAAUAAUGGGUCAAUUUAUCACUUAUCAAUGGUUUAUGGGGCCGAGAUUUGUAGCAUCUUCCAAGAGAUCCUUUUACUUUGUCCGAAACUUUGACAAUUUACUGUCACUACAUCUUUCCAGAUGUUGACCUGAACUUGUUUGUUUAAUGAACAUGUAAUUGUGGAUGAUGUUUUUGUUCUACUUUUGACAACUUUGAAUUCUCUGUUUC